AAAGCACACACUUCUCUCUCUCUCUCUCUCUCUCUCUCUCUCUCUGUGUACUGUAUAGACUCUAUAGAGAGUGUGGAGAGAGAAAGAAAGAUACACGUUUGUGGGGAUGAGUAAAGCAAAAACCAUGUUGUCCUCGUUAGGGUUUUCUUAGAAAAAUAAAAGCAAAGCCCAUUAAAGUAAUUGGGAAGAGCUAUUCCCAGUGACUCGCACAGAAGAAGAAGAAGAAGAAGAAGAGGAAAAAGAGAGUAUAAAAGCGAAUAGAGCGAAAUGUUGGUACCCAUUUGAACCCGAAUCGGAGGAUCCGAUUACGCAAGCCCAAGAUCUCAGAAGAUUCACCUCUCAGAAUCUGCUUUGUGCUAAAAUUGUGAGGAUCUGGGCUUGCAUUUUGCUGAAAGUACGUCCGGGUAUAUGAAUAAUUCAGAGAAGAUAUAGUGUACAGUAGGGGGAAGAUGAAGUCUGACACACCUCUUGACUAUGCCGUGUUCCAAUUGUCGCCAAAGCGCUCACGAUGUGAAUUGUUUGUCUCAAGUGAUGGAAACACCGAGAAGCUUGCGUCAGGAUUAGUAAAGCCAUUUGUGACCCAUUUAAAGGUUGCCGAAGAGCAGGUUUCACUUGCAGUUCAGACGAUUAAACUUGAAGUUGAGAAGCAUAAAAAUGCCGAGAUGUGGUUCACCAAAGGAACACUUGAAAGGUUUGUGCGAUUUGUUAGUACACCAGAGGUCUUGGAACUUGUCAACACAUAUGAUGUGGAGAUGUCUCAGUUGGAAGCAGCCCGGAGAAUAUAUUCUCAGGGGGCAGGAGCUCAGCAUUCUGGUGCAUUAGGUGUGGAUGGAACAGGAAUCACAGCAGCUGCAGAUGCAACAAAGAAGGAGCUUCUGAGAGCUAUUGAUGUACGUCUUGUUGCAGUUAGGCAGGACUUAACCACAGCUUGUGCUCGUGCAUCAGCUGCUGGUUUCAACCCUGAGACAGUGUCCGAACUCCAACUUUUUGCAGAUCGAUUUGGCGCCCGUCGCCUGAACGAAGCUUGCAACAAAUUCAUCUCACUGUGCCAGAGAAGGCCGGACCUGGUCAACUCAUGGAAGGCAGGUGUCGACGACCGAGCUGUGAGAUCAUCGUCAGAGUCGGACAUGUCAAUCGAUGAUCCCACGGAAGAGAUAUCUGGGGUCCACCGAAGGCCCCACCAGCCCCAAAUUAAGCAACUUCACCCAACAGGUCCAGACGACCAGCGACAACAACCAAAUCCAACGCAAGCGGAGUACCACCUGAACCCAUCCCAGCCAUUCACGUGUCAACAGCCCAAGUCCCUUGCCACCACCGUCCCUUCACGACGCAACUUGAACGAGAAAAACGAACCCAACGUGGAACAUAGCCCAUCCCAGGCCAAUGCCCAAAACGACAAGAAAGAGGAGGAGGCUCUGACCGAGCCAUCUUCCAUUGCGGCGAGUCAACCCGCGAGGCGGCUCAGCGUGCAGGACCGUAUCAACCUCUUUGAGAACAAGCAGAAAGAGAACUCUGGUGGCAAACCCAUUGUAGCGAAGCCUGUGGAGCUGAGGAGGCUGUCGUCGGACGUCUCAUCUGCGCCUGUGUCGGUCGAGAGGUCCGUGUUGAGGAGAUGGAGCGGCGCGAGCGACAUGAGCAUUGAUGUGAGCGGGGAGAAGAAGGAUGUUGAGAGCCCUUUGUGUACACCAUCUUCUGCUUCUUCUGUUUCUCAGGCCAAGCCGAAUAAUUUAUUUUCAGGUGCAUGUGAGGAUAAGGACCGGAAGGGGUUGAAUGACGCGGAGAGUUCGUCUAAGGUUGAGGCAAACAGUGAUUCUGGUAAAUUUGGUGAUGGUGGCUUGAAAGAUCAAGCUGAGGUGCAGAGCCGGGUUGGGGGGGUUUUGGGUAAAGAGGAAGAGGUCGGUAUAAAGGCACGGACAAAUUGGAAGGAUCAGGCGGGGUCUCAGAGCCAAUCCAGGGGUUUUACUGGUAGAGCAGAACCGCUUGGGUUGAGUGAUCAAGGGGUUUCCCAGGAGAAGUUGACGGUUUCUUUGGCUAACAAAGAGAGGAAUGAUGGGGUUAAAGAUCAAGUGGGUGUUGAGACGCAGUUGAGUGGCUUGUUGUACCGGGCUGAGGUUGUUGGAGGGAAGAAUCAGAUUGGAACUUUUGCCAACAAGGCAGGGGAUGGUACGUAUGAUGGUGGAUUUGUGAACAGAGUGGAGAAAUCUGGACCGAGAGAUCAGCCAGUGACUCAAUCACGUGCUAGGGGUUCUCAGAGUCAUUCCCGCUCUUUGUCAGGGCAGUUUGACGGUGGUAGUGGGCUAAAACUUAAGGGAACCCCCUCAGCUCAGCUCAAAGGAGUUGAGGUCAAUCAAUUGGAUCCUCAGCCCAGGUGGAGCUCUUUUGCAGGGGAACUUGAGGAGGUUGGUAAGAAAGAAUUGGGUUCAUCAGAUAGGCAACAACUCAAAGUGGAAGAUUCUGGAGUCCAGAACAUGAAGUUUCAGAAACCAGUUUCCGCUGGUCGUGAGCAGACUAAGAAGUCUCAGGGUAGUAGGAGGGAUGAAAUUGGUUUUGCUUGUGAAAACAGCAAGUUGGACAAUCCUGGUAAAAAUAUUUUGGAGACUCAAGAGAGUGUUUCUACAAUCUCAACAACACCAUUGGAGCAAGUUCAGAGAGUUAGGCAGUCUAAGGGAAAUCAGGAGCUCAAUGAUGAGCUGAAAAUGAAGGCUAAUGAGCUUGAAAAGCUUUUUGCAGAGCACAAGCUUCGGGUUCCUGGGGAUCAGUCCAGUUCUGCACGGAGAAACAAGCCUGCUGACAAACAGAUGGAACAGGCAGCUAGUUUACAGCACAGAAAAUCAGCAGCAGCAGCAGCAGAUAUCGCUCCUGCAGAACUGCCUGAUAAAAAUUCAGUGAUUGAACGGGCUUGGAGUUCUGUUAAUAUGUCACAGUUCAAUACUCCAAGUCCACCGGUAAAGAUGGUAGAUAAUCAGGAUUAUGGCGAUACUUUGAGGAAGAAUUUUUCUGAACUUAAUUUUACAGAUGAUUCCAGAGGUAAAUUCUAUGAGACGUACAUGCAGAAAAGAGAUGCUAAACUAAGGGAAGAAUGGAGUUCUAACAGAGCAGAGAAGGAAGCCAAGAUGAAGGCUAUGCAGGAUAACCUUGAGAGGAGUAGAUCUGAGAUGAAGGCCAAGUUUUCUGCCUCUGCCGAUAAGGUGGAUUCAUUGUCUGGUGCUCGUCGACGUGCAGAGAAACUCAGAUCUUUCAAUUUGCGGUCAAGUGUGAAGGUGGAGCAGCAUCCAAUAGAUUCCCUUCAGAGUGAAGACGAGGAAGACCUUUCUAAAUUUCCCCCGCAGAAAUUUUAUGGACAAGAAAGGUUUUUCAGUGAGUCAUCUGUCGGGGAUGUUGCUUCUAGAAACGCUCAAACAAAAAAGCUUUUACCCAACAGAAACUUGUCUUCAUCCACCCCUCGCACCCCAGCAAUUUCAGUUCCACGGUCAUCAGCCAAAGUUUCCAAUUCCAGUUCUGGGAAGCGAAGAGUCCAAUCAGAAAAUCCUCUUGCACAGUCAGUUCCAAACUUCUCAGAUUUCAGGAAAGAAAACACGAAACCUUCUUCUGGAGCCAGCAAAACAACAACCCGCUCCCAGGUGAGAAACUUUGGCCGCAGCAAGAGUACCGCUGAGGAAAUACCAGUUGCUAAGGAAGAGAAGCCACGGCGGUCACAGUCGUUAAGAAAAAGCUUUGUUAAUCCUAUAGAGUCUAAGGAUUUGUCCCCUCUGAACUCUGACAGCUCUGUUUUGGCUCCAUUAAAAUUUGAUAAAGAGCAGGCUGAGCAGAGCCCAUAUGAAAAACUUUCCAAGAAUUUGGAUUCAAAGCCUUUCCUAAGGAAGGGUAAUGGCAUAGGUCCCGGUGCUGGAGUUGCUAUUGGUAAGCUGAAAGCUUCAGUGAUAUCUGAAACUUUGGAAAACGAAGAAGAAUUUGACGAAUUGGCCUUUGAGGCAGAAGAUUCAGUGGAUAUGGCCAAGGAGGAAGAGGAGGAAGAGCUUGAAACCAUGGUGAUUGAAGAUUGUGGUGACAUGGAGAAUGGAAAAACAAGAUUGAGCCAGGGAUCGGACAAGACCGCUAAUUCUGGGUCUGAAAACGGUGAUUCCAUGAGAUCUCUUUCUCAAGUGGACCCUGCUUCUGUGGCUGAGUUGCGUUCUACUGAGCCGUCAACUUUCCACAGUGUAGGGUCUUUGCAGGACUCACCAGGUGGAAGCCCCGUCUCAUGGAACUCGCGCAUACAUCAUCCAUUUCCAUACCAACAUGAGACCUCUGAUAUUGAUGCUUCUGCGGAUUCCCCAAUUGGGAGCCCUGCAUCUUGGAAUUCUCAUAGUCUUACCCAAUCAGAGGCUGAUGCAGCUCGAAUGCGAAAGAAAUGGGGAACUGCUCAGAAGCCUAUUGUUGUUGCUAAUUCAUCCCACAGUCAGUCUCGCAAGGAUGUCACAAAAGGGUUUAAAAGGUUACUGAAAUUCGGAAGGAAAAGUCGUGGGACAGAGAGUUUGGUGGACUGGAUAUCUGCUACAACUUCUGAAGGAGAUGAUGAUACAGAAGACGGGCGAGAUGCUGCCAAUAGGUCAUCAGAAGACUUAAGGAAGUCAAGAAUGGGAUUCUUGCAGGGUCAUCCUUCAGAGGACAGCUUCAAUGAGAGCGAGUUCAAUGAACAGGUUCAAGCCUUACAAAGCUCUAUCCCAGCACCUCCAGCAAACUUCAAACUGAGGGACGAUCAUAUGUCUGGAAGUUCCUUAAAAGCUCCAAGAUCUUUUUUCUCGCUCUCAUCCUUCCGAAGCAAGGGAAGUGAUUCAAAGCUUAGAUAAUCUCACCUCUGAGCCGAUUGCCCAGAGCAAUUAUGUUGGAUUAUCGAAAAUGGUAGGAUGUAAAGGAUGAUCAGAUAUACAAAAUCUUGAGGUUAAGGAUGCUGCAAACAUUUGUAAAAGAUCUAGAACGGAAUAUGUAUAUCUCCUUGGAUUCAUGAGGCCUUCCUCGCGAUUUAGUCGGUAAUAUGAUAGUGUGUUAAAAUAUGUUGUAUAUGUUAUUGAAUGAAGAGUUGCUUUUUUUUGGUUGUAUUUCCUGUCAAAAUUUUGUGAAUGCUUGUAAUCAAUUUAUGUCGGGGUCUUUUUAUGUCAUUGAAUUUUGUUGGUAAUGAUAGGCACUUACGGUUGAAGUGAA